AUGGAAGCAACUCAGUACUUACGAAUGGUUGUAGUACUUCUUAGUCUAAUUAUAUUUUCUAGACUUCGUUUCGGAGCUUCAAAAUCAAAAGGAGUCAGCAUUAAGCUCAUCCCAAUAGACUCUCGUGAGUCCCCUUUAUAUCAACCUAACCUUACUCACCACGAAAGAGUUGAAAAAAGGGUUAAUAUCACCCUGGCCAAAGCUAAGCUAACGAAAUUACGUUUUACUCAAAAUGCAACAUUCGGUGAUGACAAGCAUAUGACUGCUCUAGACCGUCAAUAUUACUUCUAUAUUGCGUUGAUGAUGAUUGGACACCCAAUUCAUUUUGUGUAUUUAAUGGUGGACACCGGUAGUCACUUAACUUGGACACAAUGUGAACCUUGCAUAAGUUGUUUCUAUCAAAGUUGUCCCAUAUACGAUUCUCAAGCUUCCCCUUCUUACCAAAAAGUUAAUUGUGAUCACCCUCUUUGUAACUACAAUGAACCACAGAGCCCUUUCCAAUGUGUUAAUGGCGAUUGCUUCUACUCUUUAACUUAUGGUUGUGCUCCAAGUGUGUCUGGGCCAACAAAAGGUAAUUUCUCCAUGGAAACGUUUCAUUUCAUGAAUACCGAAGGCGGUUACGUAGAAUUAACUGUUCUCUUCGGCUGCUCGUAUGACAAUGGAUAUUUCUACUUCAGUGAUCAACCAGAUAAUAAGAUUUCUGGAAUCUUGGGAUUAGACACAGGUCCUACUUCACUAGUGAGCCAAUUGCAUGAAACCAUUGGUGAUGUUUUCUCUUAUUGUAUUGUUCCCUAUGAUCAAUUUUAUCCAUUCGAUGUUCAUUCUCAUAUACUCAGGUUUGGAGAAGAUGUUCAAUUACUUGAAGGAAACAUUCCAACAACGCAUUAUUUAACUUUUGUAGACAGAAGUGCUUAUUUUCUUGAUCUUAUAGAUAUAAGUGUUGGAAAUUAUCGCUUACGUUUACCAUCAGGUUCCUUCGACGCUAGACUUGGUAACGGGUUCUUCAUAGAUUCAGCAGCCCCAUUUACCACGCUCACCACAAGUGCCACGACUGGGCUCAAUAUUUUUGAAUUGGUGACAGCAGCAUUUAGUCGAUACUAUGAUCCUUUUCUUGUGAGAUUACCUACCACUGGCUUUCAUUUCAAUCUUUGUUAUAUGCACAGACAAGAUUUUAGAGUUUUUCUAUCAUUGACCUUCCAUUUCCGAGGAGCAGACUACGAAGUACAAAGCAGGUUCGUGCACAUUCAAUAUAAUGAAGGAUUUUUCUGCGUAGCAAUAUUGCCUGAUCCAUUAAUUUCUAUGCUAGGAGCUAAUUAUAUGCCAAAUAUGCGCAUUAUUCAUAACAGAGAAAUCAGUGCAAUUCAGUUUUACCCAGAAGAAUGUGCUCUUGAUCACUUUUAG